GGAGUAUGAUUACCAGUAUAUACUAGGAACUGAUAAAAGUUGAUUAAAUUUUUGUUGACUCAUAUUUCACCUCAGCUAGGCAGGAAGAGCGUUUUUUUUUCUUUGCAAGUAGUCAUUUGGGGCUUAAUUUGCCCAGAACCACAAGUUACCUAAGUCUUAUUUCUCGUAAUCCACUAACCUACCAAUUCACGGGGGAAAUCACUCCACAAUGGCUGAUGAAACAUCAUUUUGCAAGCAUUGCAAACGAUCUGUGUCCUCGGCAACCUUCACCCUACAUUCAACUCACUGUGAAAGAUUCAUACAAAUAUGCCUAAGCUGCCAAGAACCCAUUCCCAAAGCUCAGAUGGAGCAGCAUACAAAUGAUGUUCAUAAAGUAAUUGACUGCAAGGAUUGCAAAGAGAAAAUAGAGAGAGGGGCUGAAAAUGAUCAUAUGGCCAAUCACUGUGCCAAAAGACUCAUCCCAUGUGGAUACUGUGAAAUGCAAUGUACCGCUGCUACAAUACAAGGCCAUGAACUUGCUUGUGGGAGCAGGACUGAAAUGUGUGACAUAUGCAAAAAUCACAUUCUUAUUCGAAUGUUAAAGACUCAUGAGGAACUGCACAAGGGCAGCAGCAUAAAACCUACUGAUCAACUUAAAAGCAUGGAUAAAACAAGUGGGAUUAAAGAAGUAUUAUCAUCAAAUUUGGAAUCAGAAAUGGCUGUUCCAAAGUUUCGUAAUGUAGUCUGUCAAAAUAUCUUACAAGCUUCUGCUGCUUUACCCAGCAUACAGCAUUCAGAAACAAAGAAAAAAUGUGAUACCUUUGCACAUGGAAUGGAGGAUAAGGAAAAAUGUCUUCUUCCGUGUGAAUUUUGUGGAACAUUGUACUUUGCUGACCAAUUAGAGAAGCAUCAAAUGGCAUGCAAUUGGAACAAAGGAAGUUAUCCUCGUAGCGAGGCGCGUGCCACGUCUGAACAACCUACCAGUUCUUCUCCCACAUUUGACAGAGAAGUAGGUUCUUUCAACAAAGACGAAGAAUACUGGUCUCGUUAUGUGGUAGCUUCUUCAAAUACGAAGGGAAGCAUGGUUGAAGAAGAAAUUAGUAUUCCGUGCGAAAUCUGUGGAAUUCCAUUUCCGAUGUCAUGUUUAGAGCUUCAUGAGAUUGCAUGCAAAUUUUCGAGCAUGUCUACCCAGACUGAAGUCCCCGUACACGGAAAAGAAUCCUCAACGCAACGUCCAGCAAGCCCUUACGAAGUUGAUAGCGAUUACUGGUCCCAGUACACGGCUGUAGCGUCUGCUGAUGAAGAAGACAUAGCUGUAGAGGAAAUAAGUAUCCCAUGCGAAAAUUGUGGAACGCCUUUUCCCAUAUCAUCUUUGGACAUCCACGAAAUAUCUUGCAAAUUUUCAAAAGAUGCCACCAAAAGCGGAAAAACAAGUCAAAUGAAAGAGAAAAUAGGAUCAGUAGAUUCGACACCCUUACGUCAUAAUACGCCAGCAUUUCUACCGUGCUCUUUCUGCAAUGUUGUUAUUUCAUCAAGCACUUUGGAUAUGCAUGAGGCUAGAUGUCGUUCGUUCUCUGAGCAGCAACAAUUACGUCGUUCGCUACGUACUAAAGUACAACCCGCCCUCAAGAAAGAUCCGCCAAAAAAUACCCGCAUAGAAAACGGUGUUCAGCGUACUGUACGCAAUAAUGCCCUCUUGGCUACUGAAAACCGUUUACCGACAACUCCCAAGAUUCAGCAGUCCCAGUACGCCGUUAUUCAACUUCCAAACGGACAAGAAAUCUUGAAGAAACGGAAUCCGUCUUUUGGUCCAAAUGAAAUAAAUAUUGGCCAUGUCUUGGGUCACGGGCAACCCCAAGAACUUAGGGAUGAUGAUACAUCGAUUCUACAUACGGCUGUCUAUACUAAUCGCAGCAAUGGUUUUGGAGGUUCCAACUUUGACCUCAAGCCUAACGGGAUGGAAACGAAAAAAAGCAUGUUUAAUGAAUACGAUCACCAAAAGCAUCCAGCACCGAUGAACUGUGCUAAAAAAAGUGACGCAUCAGGGGUUAUUCAAAAAGGGAAUCGUGCGCAGAAAAAUAAUGGGAUAGCUGCAACUGAUCACAACGUUGGAAUGCGCUUUACCAAAAAGCCCAACGCUGCAUUCAAGAAUUAUGUUUACCAACCCGAUCCAGAAAAUAAGCUUGGCGGAGGAAAUAGCCCUGCCCGUGAUAGACGCGAACCCCGAAAUGCGAUGGCCCCGGAAUUUUAUUUCCGAACGGAAAAUCCUGCAGAGGUCGGUCACCAGAAUCAAAGAAACGGCGAAAUUGUUGGCGAUAUUCAACAAAAUGCAAGGGAUUACAACAAUUCUCUUGGGGCGAGACCCAAGCGGCCUCAAAGACCGGCAGACAAGUUUUAAAGUGAAACCCUUAUUUCUUAUCCUUGGAGCUCAUUUUGUGCCAAUGCUUAUUCUUCUAUUCAGCACAAAUUCGCGUGAUUCGAAGCCUCUUGUCAAUAAUAUCGUAAGAAUUUUGUCGGGUAACUAACAAAUAGGGCGUCAAAGAAUUAUAGUUAACAAAGAAUUUUUCGUUCCGUUUUUGAAACUUCGGUGGUGGGCAUCAAGUUAUGUUGUAUUAUUGUUAAAUGAUUCUCAAUACAGAAAUCUGUCUCAGAACGUCACACAA